UUCGUGUGUUUAGCAAACAGUGCCGACUAAUUAAACAAUUUCGUUGCUCAUUAUCACCUUAUCGCAUAAUCACGCUAUCAUCAAAUUUGACGUAAUCUAAGCAUUUUAAUUGAGGUACACUGAUUUCGUUACAUUUCGUCGGUAACGCCUUGCAGUACGAACAUAGACGGUGGCGGGAAAAGUAACACGAAAAAAGGCGCUACGGAAAUUAUUUUUCUAGAAAUAUUUGAAACGUAAAAUGUUCGUUACUACAAAACUGAGGAGAGUGAACAGGGAACUGGCGAAGAGGUUGUUCGAGGCUCGCGCUGUGACGUUGGUUCUGAAGAAAGACUUCUCGCAGAGAGAUGUUGACGUGAAUGAAUUCUUUAAGUUCUACAAUGAGAGCAGUUACCAGGAGGACAGGUACAAGCCGCUCACGGAGCAGGACUAUGACCGGUUCUUGAGCACGAGGGCGGCGCGUAGGGAGCCAGCGCUGACGAGGCAAAUCACAUCCCUGGCCUACAAGGUGGGCAAAGAGAUGAUCUCCCUGGCAGAAGGCAUGCCCAACGAGCAAGUGUUCCCGUUCACACGCCUCUCCAUGGAGACCAAGUUCUCAAAUAUGGUGCUAGAGGGCAAAGACCUCGCUGCAGCGCUGCAGUACGUGCCAUCGCAAGGUCUCCCAGCCUUGCUGUCGGAGCUGCGUAAGUUCCAAUCGGAGACGCACCGCCCCCCCGGAGAAGUGCCGCGCGACGUGCUGAUCACCAACGGAGGACAGCACGGCAUCUACCAGUGCGUGGAGCUGCUGGUAGAGCCAGGAGACCCGGUCAUCACGUGCGAGUACGCUUACACCGGGAUACAUAGCACUAUGAGACCGUACCAGCCAGAAAUCAUAGGCAUUCCAGAAGACAAAGACGGCAUGAUACCGGAGACUUUAGACGCCGUCCUAGGGGAGCGGCUGCGGCGAGGGUUGAAGAUGCCAAAGAUGAUGUACAUCACCCCGACUGGCAGCAACCCCACAGGCACAGUGCUGCCAGAGGACAGGCGGCGGCAGAUCUACGAACUAGCGUGCAGAUACGACUUCCUUAUUAUAGAGGAUGAUCCUUACAUGUUCUUGAAUUAUACAGAUCGACCAAUCCCAUCAUUGCUCUCGAUGGACACCUGCGGGCGCGUGAUUCGUCUGGACUCGGUGUCGAAGGUGGUGAGUGCGGGGCUGCGCGGCGCCUGGAUGACGGCGCCCACGCCGCUACUGCAGCGCAUCGAGCUGCACACGCAGGCUGAGCUCUUACACUCCUGCACUUUAGCACAGGCAAUCCUACACCAACUGGUACAAUGCCGCAAGUCCCUCGCCUCUCACCUGCUUAACGCCCGCGACUUCUACCGCGCGCGCCGCGACGCGCUCCACGCCGCGCUGAAGCCGGUAGAACAUCUGGCGCCGUACAACAUGCCUGACGCUGGGCUGUUCUUCUGGCUGCGAGUCAACGGCGUCGACGAUGUUUAUAACAUGGUAUUCCAAACAGCAUUCCAACGUGGUCUAAUGCUGAUACCGGGGCAAGCGUUCCUAUUCGACACCAACGCCCCCUGUCCGUACGUCCGAUUAACAUUUAGUAAAAUCCGCCUCGAGGACAUGGACAAAGCUGUGAGCAAUCUCGUAGAAAUAAUCCGGGAAGAGCAACAACGGACCCUACAGAAACCAAAGAGGGUCGCCACUGAAGGAUAGAUGGCGGUGUUCUACAUUUAGCUUUAAGUGUAUUUUGGCUUACUUUGCCAAAGUUUGGGAUCAAAUUCUACUUACCUUCUGAGUCAAAAUUAAUGAUAGGAUAUUACGUUAAGCAUAGUAGUAAUGAAAAAUCUGUUAUUUUUCUAUUAAAGGUAAUGCUUUUAUGAAAUUACUUUACUACUUAAUUAUCAUUAUUUGUAUGAAUACUUGAAUAGUUACUUUAGUUUAGGUAUAAUUAUCUAUUAAUAUAGUUAUUGUAUAUCGUGUUACGUACUAAUUUCCCAUUAUCAUGUUUUGUUGUUAUAAUUUAUUUUGUACUCGAAAAUUAUUUACUUAAUUUUAUUUCACAGUUUAAUUUAUUAUUCGCUAGAUGGCGUAUUUCAAUGAAAAUGAAAAUAUAUUUUUUUGUUGAAAAUGAUUAAAUAAAUUAUGUUUAUAAAUUAUUAAAUUUCAUAUCUGAAAUCCCAGAUUUUUAUAAUGGAAUGAACGUUUGUUGUUUUGGUCUAAAUUAAUUUAUAUUCAGUUUCGGCUACUCGACGCUAGAUGGCAGGCCGAAUGUUAUUGUAAUUAAUAUUUAAUUAUUUUUUGUACUUAUUACAGUUCGUAACAAUUAACUUAAAUUAUUUUUCUUGUGAAGUAUAUUUCUGAUUUAAGUAAUAAAAAGAUUUUAAAAUA